AUGGAAAGAAAAAACAAAGCUUCCAGUGAGUGUGACACAUCUGACUAUGAAAAUGAGACUUUAUUUCAAUUGAAAAAGAAACUCAAAACCAAAACGUUGACUCCUGUUGAGGACAGUGAUUCUGAGUCUGAGAAUAUCCCAUUAUCAGCUUAUAUCAGAGAGAAAAAGCCUGACAGAAGUAAUAAUGAAGCUCCUCUCAGAGAAUUGAAUUUUCAGGACAUAACUGAAGAUCCUGAUCUUCUGAAUGUACUACCUCAGCUUCCAAAUCAGGAAUGGAAUUGGUCAAAUCAGCAAUUCAAGGAACCAUGCACUGAAUUCAAAGGUAAACUUGAAGAGGCACCACAUGAUGGUCUGCUCAAGACUCCAUUCCAAUUUUUCAAACUCAUGGUAACUGACCAAAUUAUUUCAAAUAUAUCAGAGCAAACAAACCUUUAUGCAAUGCAAAAAGAGGGGAUUCAGCUUUCAAGCACAAAAAAAGAAAUCGAAAUUAUGAUCGGUGUGUACCUGAGGAUAGGCCUUGUCCAAAUGCCCAGAGUUAGAGCUUACUGGGAGACAGAAAGUCGUUUUCCUCCCAUUGCAGACGCAAUAGCAAGAAACAGAUUUGAAAAAAUUGCUACCAUGAUUCAUUUAACAAACAAUAUGUCAGUCACUGACGAGCAAAAGAAGGACAAACUAUGGAAAGUUAGGCCCUGGAUUGAACAGCUGAGAAACAGGUUUCUGGAGAUACCACCUGAAGAGAACCAUGCAGUUGAUGAACUUAUGGUGUCUUUCAAGGGCAAGUCUAGUCUAAAGCAGUAUAUAAGGGAUAAACCAAAUCCUUGGGGUUUCAAGCUAUGGGGGAGGGCAGGGGCAUCUAGCAUCCUCUAUGAUUUUGAUGUUUACCAAGGGAGUUUUGAAAAAAAUGCAAAUUCUAUUGGUGUUGGUGGCGAUGUUGUCCUCAAGUUAGUGUCCACGCUGGAGCCAAAUAAUUACAAAAUAUUUGCAGAUAACUAUUUUACUUCUCCGUCCUUAGUAAAGGCCUUAAAGGAGAGAUCCUUUUGGUAUGUAGGCACUGUGCGAUCUAACAGACUAAGAGGUUGCACUCUGAAGUCAGAAAAAGAAUUAAAAAAGGAAGGAAGGGGAUCUGUUGACUACAGAGUUGAAACUUCAUGUAACAUAAUAGCAUUGAGAUGGUAUGACAACAAAUCUGUGGACGUUGUGUCCUCAUACGUUGGUUUGAAUCCAGUGGGAGAAGUACGCAGAUGGGACAAAUAG